AGACAUCAAGCCACAAUUUUUUCUAGUUCCUAAGGAAUGCUUGAGCACAAUGUUGGUGGGUUUCGAUUUGACCAGAGAGAGGUAGUUCAUAGUUGCAAGCUUGAUCCUUGUGUUCAGAGAGUUUGAUCAGCAAGACGAGCUUUGAGGGCGUUGAGGGCAGUGGUGAGGCUGCAGGCUAUAUUUCGUGGAAGGCUAGUGAGGAAGCAAGCUGCUGUUACUCUAAGGUGCAUGCAGGCUCUUGUUCGAGUUCAAGCUCGCGUGCGCGCUAGGAAUGUGAGGAACUCUCCAGAAGGGAAAGCCGUGCAGACACUAUUAGAUCAGUACCGCAACCAAGCUGAUCCUAUUAAGGAGGCUGAGGACGGCUGGUGCGACAUUCCAGGAACAGCAGAGGAAGUUAAAGCAAAACUUCAAAUGAGGCAAGAAGGAGCAAUUAAGAGGGAGAGAGCAAUGGCAUACUCAAUGUAUACCAAGCAAUCAACAGUGUGUGCUAGUCCACGCUCGAGAGCUUCCAAGCCAGUCACACCUCUCAAGCAAGGCAGCCUAGACAAUAAGAGCUCGCGAUUGAGCAUGUUAGAGCGCUGGAUGGCGACAAAGCCAUGGGAGAGCAGGCUAAUGGAGGAGAACAAUUUCGGCUCGCUUGACAUGACUCCAGUGUCUGGAAAAUGUGAUGAUCUUGUUGCUCCCUUCAAUUCACUUCAACAAAGAGGCUUAUCCAAAGCAAGAAGCAGCGGUGCAAUAACAAGAAUUUCUUCCAAGUCUCUCACAACUACUCAAUCAACUCCAUCUUCUUCGGGUGUUAGCUCCGAAUGCAUGUAUGAUGAUAGCCCUGCCUCAACCUCAUGUACAUCUGGAUCACUGCCAUCGAUCAACAAUGUUGUGGAGGAAGCAGCAGAGGAUAGAAGUGUUAAUAAACCAACCUACAUGAAUCUGACAGAAUCAACCAAAGCUAAACUGAAAUCUUGUAGGUGUUCCUCUCAGAAUUCGAAGAGACUCUUAAUGGAUGACUGUCAUUCUCAUGGCUCAAGAUCAGAAUUUCUAAAUGGAGACAAUAGAAGCAGUUGUGGAUCCUAUCCUUCAGUCAAUUCGUGGAGGGAUCUAUACGCAACACCUUCAAGAGCAAGUUAUCAGAAACGAUUAAAUUCGGAUGAUAAGUAAAUUGACAUUCCAGUGGCUAGUGAUAAAAGGAUGUUUGGUUUAGCAUUCAGAAUGCUUUGAACCAUGAUUCAGG